GGGUUCGUGGGUGCCACCUGCGAGAACGACUCCCGCACCUGUGGGAACCUGCACUGCCUGAACGGUGGCACCUGCAUCUCCAUCCACAAGAGCUCCAAGUGCAUGUGCGCGCCGGCCUUCACGGGGCCCGAGUGCCAGUACCCGGCCAGCAGCCCCUGCACGUCCAACCCCUGCUACAACGGGGGCACCUGCGAGUUCUUCAGCGACGCCUCCCCCUACUACCGCUGCAACUGCCCCGCCAACUUCAACGGCCUCAACUGCCACAUCCUCGACUUCGAUUUCCAGGGUGGGAUCGGGCAGGACAUCAUCCCGCCCAAAAUCGAGGAGAAGUGCGAGAUUGCCGUUUGUGCGGGGUACGCCGGCAACAAGAUCUGCGAUGGGAAAUGCAACAACCACGCCUGUGGCUGGGACGGAGGGGACUGCUCCCUCAACUUCAACGACCCCUGGAAGAACUGCUCCCAGUCUCUGCAGUGCUGGAAGUACUUCAACGACGGCAAGUGCGACUCCCAGUGCAAUAACGCCGGCUGCCUCUACGAUGGGUUCGACUGCCAGAAAUACGAAGGGCAGUGCAACCCUCUGUAUGAUCAGUACUGCAAAGAUCACUUCUCAGAUGGUCACUGUGACCAGGGCUGCAACAACUUCGAGUGCGAAUGGGACGGUCUGGACUGUGCGAACAACAUGCCGGAGAAGCUUGCGGAUGGCACGCUGGUGGUGGUGGUGCUCAUCACUCCCGAGAACCUGAAGAACAACUCCUUCAACUUCUUGCGGGAGCUGAGCCGCGUGCUGCACACCAACGUGGUCUUCAAGAAGAACCCCAAGGGGGAGUAUAUGAUCUUUCCGUACUACGGCAAUGAGGAGGAACUGAAAAAGCAUUACAUCAAGAGGUCAACAGAGGACUGGUCAGAUAUGUCUAGUGCUGUCAUCAACAAAGUAAAGAGCAGCCUCUACUCACGGGCUGGCAGAAGGCAGAAGAGAGAGCUCGAUCAGAUGGACAUCAGAGGAUCCAUCGUCUACUUGGAAAUUGAUAACCGCCAGUGCAUCCAGUCGUCUUCCCAGUGCUUCCAGAGCGCAACCGAUGUGGCGGCGUUCCUGGGUGCCUUGGCCUCCCUUGGCAACCUGAACAUACCCUACAAAAUAGAAGCUGUGAAAAGUGAAACAGCUGAGCCCACGAAGAACUCCCAGCUGUAUCCUAUGUUCGUGGUGGUGGCUGUGCUGGUCUUGCUUGCUUUCAUUGGAGUGGGAGUACUGGUGUCUCGUAAGCGGCGCAGGGAGCAUGGGCAGCUUUGGUUCCCAGAAGGCUUCAAAGUGACCGAGUCGAGCAAGAAGAAGCGACGAGAACCGCUUGGGGAGGAUUCUGUUGGACUGAAACCCCUCAAAAAUGCUUCGGACGGCACGCUGAUGGAUGACAACCAAAAUGAGUGGGGCGAUGAGGAGACCUUGGACACCAAGAAGUUCAGGUUCGAGGAGCAGGCGAUGCUGCCCGACACGGACGAUCAGACAGAUCACCGGCAGUGGACCCAGCAGCACCUGGACGCCGCUGACCUGCGCAUAUCCUCCAUGGCACCUACCCCACCGCAGGGAGAAAUCGAUGCCGACUGUAUGGAUGUCAACGUCAGAGGUCCCGAUGGCUUCACCCCUCUCAUGAUCGCCUCGUGCAGCGGAGGAGGACUGGAGACGGGCAACAGUGAAGAGGAAGACGAUGCUCCUGCCGUCAUCUCGGAUUUCAUUUACCAAGGCGCCAGCUUACACAACCAGACUGACCGCACCGGCGAGACGGCUCUUCACCUGGCUGCCCGCUACUCCCGCUCGGACGCUGCCAAGCGCCUGCUGGAAGCCAGCGCCGACGCAAACAUCCAGGAUAACAUGGGCAGGACACCCCUCCACGCCGCCGUCUCUGCUGAUGCCCAGGGAGUCUUCCAGAUCCUGAUUAGGAACAGGGCAACCGAUCUCGACGCCCGAAUGCAUGACGGGACCACUCCUCUGAUCUUGGCCGCUCGCUUGGCCGUGGAGGGCAUGCUGGACGAUCUCAUCAACUGCCAUGCAGACGUCAAUGCCGUGGACGAUCUAGGCAAGUCGGCGCUGCACUGGGCCGCUGCUGUGAAUAAUGUUGAAGCCGCAGUGGUCCUCCUGAAGAAUGGUGCCAAUAAGGAUAUGCAGAACAAUAAGGAGGAGACCCCACUGUUCCUCGCAGCCAGGGAAGGGAGCUACGAAACCGCCAAGGUCCUGCUGGACCAUUUCGCCAACCGUGACAUCACGGACCACAUGGACCGGCUCCCGCGGGACAUCGCCCAGGAGCGCAUGCACCACGACAUCGUGAGGCUGCUGGAUGAGUACAACCUGGUGCGGAGCCCACCGCUGCACAACGGCCCGCUGGGGGCACCCACCCUGUCCCCACCGCUCUGCUCACCCAACAGCUACAUCAGCAACCUGAAACCGGCCGUCCAGGGCAAGAAGGCCAGGAAGCCGAGUACCAAGGGCCUGAGCUGCAACGGCAAAGAUGCCAAAGACCUCAAAGCCCGGAGGAAAAAAUCGCAAGAUGGGAAAGGAUGUCUGCUGGACAACUCCAGUGUGUUGUCUCCAGUGGACUCCUUGGAGUCGCCCCAUGGGUACCUGUCAGAUGUCGCCUCUCCUCCGCUGAUGACC